GCUGCAGAAUGUCUUUACAGUCAGUUGGACUCGUGCGUCCUGGCGCGUGGUGGUGAUCUCCAAGAGAACAAAACCACGGUGCACUGCUGCUGCUGCUGCUGCUGAAGGUAUCUCACUGCUCGACUCCGACCAUAAUCGAUUGAAAGGAUGGCAAACUCUCGUAUCGCUCACGUCUACAGGGGGACAUUUAUCCACUCGACCCAGCAAACUGCGCUGCAGAUCCUGGAGGAUAAGCUCCUGGGGGUGGAUACAGACGGAAAGAUUGCUUUCAUUGGCGAAGGCACGGAGCUGUACAGACUAUCUCAGACCUUUGGAUUCAGCCCGUCUGAAGUCACUCAACUGGCACAACAUGAGUUCUUCAUGCCAGGACUGGUGGACACCCACAUCCAUGCAGCCCAGUACAGCUACGCUGGCACGGCCCUGGACAUGCCCUUACUGCAGUGGCUCCAUACCUACACCUUUCCUGUGGAGUCACGCUUCAAGGACCUGCAGUUUGCCCACAGGGUCUACUCUCAAGUAGUGAAAAGGACCCUGAGAAACGGAACAACCACUGCAUGUUACUUUGCUACCAUACAUACAGACUCCUCUCUCCUGUUGGGCCAGAUUGCAAAUGACUUUGGACAGCGUGCCUUGGUUGGCAAGGUGUGUAUGGACAGGAACAAUUCUGUGAAACAUUACAAAGAGACCAGUCAGGAGUGUCAAGAGGAAACCUGUCGGUUCAUUGCUGAGCUCUUGAACAAAAAGUACCCUCUAGUGAGGCCAGUGGUGACUCCCCGCUUCGCUCCAUCCUGCUCAGGAGCCUUGCUGGGACAGCUGGGAGCAAUCGCUAAGAAUAACAACCUGCACAUUCAGAGUCACAUCAGUGAAAACGUCGAGGAAAUUCAGCUUGUAAAGGAGCUGUUUCCUGAAUCAGAGUCUUACACGGACGUGUAUCACAAAUACAACCUGCUCACUGACAAGACAGUGAUGGCUCACGGCUGCCACCUCAGUGAUGAAGAGUUGGCUCUGUUCAGAGAGACAGGAACCUCUUUGUCUCACUGUCCCAAUUCCAACAUUUCGUUAUGCAGUGGAAUGUUGAAUGUCCGGAACGUCCUGAAACACAAAGUGAAGUUGGGGCUGGGAACAGAUGUGGCGGGGGGCUACUCGGCCUCGAUGUUGGAUGCUGUGAGGAGAACUCUGGACACAUCUAAAGCCCUGACCAUCCAGGACCCAGAACACGACACGCUCACCUUCGAGGAGGUGUUCAGACUGGCCACACUGGGAGGCAGCCAGGCCUUGUCCCUGGAUGACCGGACAGGGAAUUUUGAAGUGGGCAAAGACUUUGACGCCUUGAGGGUGAAUGUAGCUGCUCCUGAUGGACCCAUCGACCUGAUCCAGUGUGAGGAACCAAAGAUUAUUUUGGAAAAGUUCUUGAAUUUGGGUGAUGAUCGUAACAUAGCAGAGGUGUUUGUGGCUGGGAGGAAGGUGGUACCAUUCACAGAGCCAACAGCAGAGUAAACACAAUGGUCACUCAUCUCAAGGCCCAAAUCGAAGGCUUGAAGAGGAUGUUAACAACCAAAAUACAUCUGAGACAUACAAGAUGGUGCAGCAUAAGAAGGAUCAGCUGGAAACGCCCUACUUUUGCAUGAACUGCACUGCUGCUCAACUCUACUUUGAUGCUAAGAUAAAUAAGUAGGAAAUUAAUUAUCACCUUAAACAUUUUGUGCUAUUAAUGAAGUUCAGUGAGGGUCAUACAAGACUGCGGUCAGCCGAGUUCGAACUCUGUUUUUCAAAUCUUUAAAAUGGAAAUGAAACGUUCAACCAAGUUAAGCUGGUUCACUCAAUGGAUUUCCACUCUAAUGAACAAUUAUAUAACAAACAUGACAAAUGUCAGCAUUU